AUGGUCAUCACCUGCAACUGGCUCCUCUUGGUGGAUUGCAGCAGCGUGCAGCAGGAGAUUGUGCCCCUGCUGUACUCCGUCAUCAAAGAGAUCCUCUCCCUGUUGUUCAGCGAGACGUCCCAGCGCAGCGAGAUCCUCAUUUCCCAGCUGGGUGGGGUCGUGCAGCUCUACCAGAGCGUCAGCACUGACAUCUUCACCAUCGCCAAGUGCUCCCAGAAGCUGGAGCAAUACCAGGGCCAGAUGACAGAGCUGCAGGAGCGCGUGGAAUAUGUGCGAGCUCUGAACGAGGUGAUCCGUCAGCACUUCCACCCACUCAGCCUGAAUGAGGAGAACCUGGAGAACCUGGUGAGCUCCCAGCAAUGGCCUGCUCUGGGUUGUGAAGGGAGACUAUAAGAACUGCCAGACUGGGUGAAACCAUUAUCUUGUCUACA